AUGUCGGAAUCUUCUGCCACCACUCAAAGGUGCUUUGAUCCAGUUCUUCUUGGUGCAAAGCCUGAUUUUGUUGUUAAAACAACGAAUCCAAAAACACAUAUUGAAUUGCUAAUUGGUGAGAUAAAACCACCAGCAAAAGAAGGUGCGCUCGUAUCGGAUGAUCUGAUCUCACUCGGAAAAACAAUGAAAUGCGCUCUAGACAAAUCGAUCGAGGACGGUGUUGAUGAUCUGGUUAUAUGUGGUUUACAAAUUAUUG